UGCAUUUUGGAUUUUUUUUUUGCACGUUCAAUGAAGAAACAUCUGUCCUUUAGUUGUCCACAACUAUUUGUAAUUUGUAAUUAAUUACUAAUCUUAAAAAAAUAUUCCGUAUUAUGUUUGAAAAUGUAAGUUUGCGGUUAAUUUAGAUCAGGCAACAAUUAGGGCAGUUGUGUGAGGGGGUCCUGAAUCUCGGGAUCACGGGAGAAGGCUGUUAGGAGACAGAUACGUCAACACCACUAAAGUCGUUAAUUUUUCUUUAUAUUUCUGAUAAACUGAAUGCAAAACAUGUCAGCAGGCUUGGAGAAACCGCAGAUAAUAGCGCACAUUCAGAAAAGUUUGAAUUACACUGUUUUUGAGAGCAAAUGGAUUCCGUGCAGCGCAAAGUUUGUUUGUAUGGGAAACCUGGCGAGAGGAACGGGAGUAAUGCAGAUCUAUGAGAUCCAACACGGGGAACUGCAGCUGAUCAAAGAGAUAGAAAAAGCCAAGCCUAUCAAAUGUGGAACAUUUGGAGCAACAUCACUUCAGCAGAGGCAUCUGGCCACGGGAGACUUUGAUGGCAGUUUGAAUGUCUGGAAUCUCGAAGUCCCCGACUGUCCUGUAUACUCAGUAAAGGCACACAAGGAGAUCAUUAACAGCAUUGAUGGAGUAGGAGGGCUGGGCAUUGGUGACGGGGCACCUGAAAUUGUUACCGGAAGUCGAGACGGUACAGUUAAAGUGUGGGACCCCAGACAAAAAGACACACCUGUGGCAAACAUGGAGCCACUGGAAGGAGAAACAAAGAGAGAUUGUUGGACGGUUGCAUUUGGUCAUGCUUUCAAUGACCAGGACCGCUGUGUCUGUGCUGGAUAUGACAACGGUGACAUCAAACUAUUUGAUCUAAGAAACAUGUCUCUACGAUGGGAGACGAAUAUCAAAAAUGGUGUAUGCAGUGUUGAAUUUGACCGAAAAGACAUCAACAUGAACAAACUAACAGCAACAUCGUUAGAGGGAAGAUUUCAUGUGUUUGACAUGAGAACUCAACACCCAACCAAAGGUUUUGCUUCAGUAUCUGAAAAGGCUCAUAAAUCUACAGUAUGGCAAGUGAGGCAUUUGCCUCAGAAUCGUGACAUUUUCAUGACAGCUGGUGGAGCGGGUAAUCUACAUUUAUGGAAAUAUGAAUAUCCAGCUCAAAGGAGUAAGAAGGGUGCUGAUGAUGUAGAAAUGGGUGUCGCUGGGACCGUGAAUCUCCUGCAGAAUGUCACUGUAUCUACACAACCCAUUUCUAGUCUUGACUGGAGUCCUGAUAAACAGGGUCUUUGUGUUUGCUCUUCAUUUGACCAGUCUGUGCGAGUCCUCAUUGUGACCAAGCUCAACAGAGUCUGAGUUCACAUUAGAGACUGAACUUUUUUUAUUUUUCCCAAACAAAUUGGAAUCUUUGACUAUAUACAUACCACGUGUAUUGUGCAAUUAUUUUUCAGUUUUGUGUUAAAAUUUUAUAUAUUAAUUGCUUGUUGAUAUACAUUAAAUGAGUUACCAUAUCCUAAA